AUGCGCGACUUCAUGGACUACGUAUCGCACGCAUUCGACCAGGCGACGGGCUGGAAGCGCGUCAAUUCGUAUACGAGGCUCAACUCGACCUCAGAUGCUCUUCUCAAGUUCGAAACCCCAGAAGGCCUGUCCCUCGCCCUCUCGUCGCUUGCCACAUCCCACUUCGCGACCUCCUACCAGCUCGGCUCUGUAGACGUAGUCGACGGCACCAUCUCCUACCUCUACUCUUCGGUCCCUCUCCACACGCAUCUAACGCCGAAAUCCGACGCGAUAUCCCUCCAAGAGUAUCUUCGCGCCUACCGCCCGCUCGCCGACCUCCGCCGACCAGACUCGACGUCGUAUCCUCUCUUCAGCCCAGCCAACCCAUCGCUGCUCUUCGGCCGAUUCUACCUCCCCGGACGUACCCUCGAGGCCCUCGCAAUCAAACGCUUGUCCCCUUUACUGCAAUGUCAGGUUGCCGCCGUGUCGAGUAGCCUCCUCAAGAAUGGCGGAGUGCUUGUAGGAACUGCAGAAUACGACGUAGGCAAAUACGCAGUGGAAGGCCUGACCAACUCCGACGGCGGGGUGCUGGGUAUCAGAGGGGUGUACAACUUUGGCGGGGACGCAGAGAAUCUCACGCCGUCGCAGUCACGGCCCGCCGGGCGUGCGAACGGAAAGUCCAUCGAGGAGCGCAUCUACGGUCGCUUCACCACCGGCGGGGAGCUGUAUUACGGCAUCUUUAACAAGGUUGUUGGUGUGAGCGUGGCAGGGCGCUUCGCAACGCUCCCGGAGCACCGCGGGACGCCCCUGACGGCGACACUCACCGUGAACCCCAUCAUGGGCCACAUCACCGCCACCUACGCCGUCGUGGCGGGCAAGCACUGCAGCCUCGCGACGCGCAUGGACUUCAACGUGUACAGUUACGACAGCGCGUGGGUCGUGGGCAUGGAGCUGUGGCGCAAAAACUUCUUGAGGCACGACCUGGACCAAGCGCUCUCGGCCGAGAAGUUCGUCAAAAAGGAGCGGAGCUUCCAGGCCAAGCUCGACUGGAAGCUCGACGAUCCGGCACCCGAGAAACCGAGGCUGGUACCCGUCAAAGACGAGAAACGGAAGGAGGGGCCGAGGGAACGCAGCUUUCAGGCGAAGAUGGAGUGGAGAUUGGACGAUCCUGCGGUGGAUGAGAAGAAGACGGAGACGAAGACGGAGACGAAGACGGAGACGAAGACGGAGGCGAAGGCGAAGACCGGCGCGGUAGACGAAGAAUACAGCAGCGUCAUCAAAGCGCGGAUAGACGAUCAAAUGAGGAUCGGUGUGCUCUGGGAGGGGCGGGUUAAGAGUCUCCUCUUCAGCCUCGGUAGCGCCAUCGAUUUGCGCAAACUCGACUCCCCGUUCAGGACGUUGGGCGUGGAAAUCCAAUUUUCCUCGUGA